GGAUGCAGGACGGCGGUCCUGAGCUGUGACUCCUGACGGCUCAGACACACACAGAGCCUCGACCAUCUCGGAGACUGUAACAAGUCACCCUCCGUGAUCUGAUUUCUCUCUGCGUCUAUUUUUCUUGUUUUAUGUUUUUUUUUUCUCUCACUCUCUCUCUCAUCCCGUCUUUUAAAACCCGUCAUGUGUCAUCGAUGCUCGUGACGGAUCGCGCUCGUUCGGGAUGAUUUCAAUUAUGGUUCAAUUUAGGACCCCGUUUCCCCGGAGCUGCCGCUGAUGGUUCAAUCCCAGUCCGACCGGGUCCUCGCAGCGUGAUGGAUUCCUAUGACUUCGACGUGCUGAAACUUUUAUUUCUGGGGGUUCUGGUUAAUACCUGGAUGAUGAGUGGAGCAUCAGCCUCCGACAGCUUCAACUUAGAGCCCACCGUUACCUGGCAGAGGAGGCUCUGCAACGAGUCCCGUCUACGGUGGGAGGUGGAGGUCUGUGGAGAAGACUUCAAACGGGACAUGGCUCACAUAGACCCGCAGCAAUGGUGUAACCUCACGUACUUCAUGAGUGAGUACUACGUCUUCACCGUCUGCACAGAGACAAAGUCCCAAAGCGUCAACUGCUACUGGCCCAAUCCGCUGGUAGAGAGCUACAUCAUCCUUAUACACAAGCACUUUUUCUCCAAUUGCACCAUAGAGAAGGAGAUGUGGGUGGACCCGCCUGACGACACGCUCACCAUUCUCAUUCUCAUACCGGUUUUCCUCACGUUGGCCAUGAUUGCUCUGGUGGUCUGGUGCAGCAAACGGAGUGAUCUCCUGGCAUAGGACAUGAAAACAGAAGAGAGAUAAAAAAGACUGAAAUUAAGGACCAAAUCUCUUCAGUCACUUAAUACUGUUUUAUUUUUGGUCAAAUCGUCCCAUUAGUAGCACAAUAAACAGCUUCUUCUUCUUUUUCUUUUUACAAGAAAUGAGAAAAGCAAAGAUACAACUGACCUCUAACAUUUUAUCCUUCCCUUCUAAAGGUAAUAUCAUUACAAAGAUCAAUUUAGUUUUACAAAACAAAAGCAUUUUAUUCAUUGAGGAAUUUGAUGUUGUUAACCUACUUUUACUAGUUUUCGUUAAAAAUAAAAGCAUAUUUUCUGUGGGUUAAAUGUAGUUUUUUCAUUUUCAAAAUAAUUCUGUCAAGUUAUUUUUCCCAUGUUGAAUUAAACGUUCUGGAAAGAUCCGUCCAGCAUUUUCAACGGGCGAGAGGCGGGGUACACCGUGGACAGGUCGCCAGUCCAUCGCAGGUCCAUUGUUCUGGAAAGAUGAAAGGUGUUAAAUAUAAAUGUGUUAAAUUAGGCUGAAAGACAAGGAACUGAAUUUAUAGCCUUUAUAAAUUAUGGUUUUAGGCAGACUGAGCAGCAUGUAACUAAUCAAUUUAAUCAUUAAUACCUGAGACUUGGACCUGGCCCAAGACCUUACUUUGACUUACCUCUUAAGAAGCAGAUAUUUUACUUAGACCCAGUGUAAAAGACUUGAGUCUUGACUUGGCCUCGAAGACUUGAGAUUCAAAUUGGACUCGGUGCAAAACAUUUGAACCUUCACUUUGAUCUAGAGAAAAAAGAGUUAGAUUUGUUUUUACACAUUUGACAGUCACUCACUGUUCAUAUGUUCCUCAAACCUUAUAAGAGACGUCCUUCUGAUUUGAUCAGGUUUGAUAUAAAAAACAGAUCUUUGGUCCUUAUGCAGUUUGUACCUGCUUAACAUUGCUUAAGACUGAAAAGCAAAAACAGUUGGAGAAACAAUCUAAUCUGAAUGAGUCAGAAAAAUAACACACAUCCUUCAAACUACUAAAUCUGAAGGGAACAAACAAAUUCAACAGUAUUAAAUAGUCGUUUUUAAAUAUUUUUUUUAAAUUUUUUACCUGAUAUGACAAUUAUCCAGUUGUUUCUUUGUGUUUUCUGUCUUCAUGCUAAGCUAACCAGCUUCUUUGAGCCUUUUAUGAUCGGGACCUCAAAUGGUCUACCCCUCAGAAGUGCCAAGGACAUGAGUUGUUUGAUUGGCCCUCCGUUACUGAGUUGAUUUGCCCAGGAGGACACUUCUCUGAUGCAUUCCUGAAAUCUCUCGGAUACAGACUUUUGACCUCUGAGAUUCCUAACGGACCGCUGUCUUACUGCUGAAGGCCAAAGUAUCCUCCAUGUCGGCGACUGACCUCUAAACUGAUGGGAAAUCUAAGUCACAGAGGAAGCUGUAUUUAAAUGUUUUAUCGUGCACACUGUAUGAUUGCCUGGAAGGAAGCCAAAGUUGGGAUUUAUACUGUUUCAAGGAAUGUACUGUUUAGUCUUCUUAAUUGACUAAAUGGAUCUUCACCACUGGAAAGCAAAAACUUGACAAAGACAAGGAAACACUAUGAUUUAUAUAUUUUGAGACUUGAAUUUCUAGUUGGACUGAUCCCCAAAAGUCUGUUUUUUUUAACAGUGUAACUUAUAAGAUCUUGAUGUUAAAACAGUAAUACUCACAAAGAUGAAUUAUGUAUGGAGGCUAAAACCUGUCUGUGCUGUCUACUGUAGCUUUGUUGUUUUUUCCACUGUUAAUCCGACAAGAAAGAGAUGCAAUCUGUAGGUUUAACACAAGAGAAGCCAAGAGUUACUUUGACUCCCCGAGCAUUGUCAGACCUAUAUAACUCUUAAAUUAUAUCCCUCAUGAUUCAUUCUUCAUAAUUUUUCCUCAAAGAGCUCUCUUUACAUCUUUCGGGCAAUGGGGUCAUUGAAACAUAAAAUAUCCAAAUUAGAACUGCGCAUACCUAAAACGUCUAAGGGAGUCAUUGUGCCCUAAUAUGGAAAAUACAGUAGACUGGGGACUGAGCUGUUUUGUUAUCCGUUUGGUUGAGUUUGCCAACUGGUAUUCUAUUCACAAUUAAGAUCCCCUACAGUGCUGCCAACAUUACUCCAUCGCGUGGUUCUAUGGGUGUUAUAUCUUGGCGGUUCAAGAGUUAAGACAAAGUCCAGAGGAGAGAGUUUUGAUUUAAUGACCAAACGUCACGUUUAAAUCCAGUUCCAGCCUAUCAUAAGGCAAGCUAACGGUGUUUCAGUAAAAGUAUCUCAUUGCUACUCCUGCUUCUGUCGACAAAAAACAAAUUACACAGAAUUUUGCCCUGACAAACACCCAAACCUGUUCACCUACAGAGGCGGAGCAAUAGUUUCAGAAAUCAUCUAUAACUUCAGGUAUAACCUCUGUUUAUGACCAAUCUCACAUGUCUGUGUAUUUUUGUGUUACCAACAGUUUGUAAAUGCAGACUUUUAAUUUGAGAUGAAAUGUAGCAUUUGGGCACUUUUUUUUAAAUAUAUUUUUUUGUUUUAAAGAAGCAUCACUCUGUUCUUAUAAUUUCCUUUCCACUCAGUUUAAGGAGCCAUGCAUGGUCACUAUUAAAAACAGUUAUGAAGCCAUCAAGCAAUUUAACACAAAAUUAAAAACUAUUAUUUACAUUGGAUAUGCAUGUUUGUUAUAACUUUGGUAUAGCUUUGUCAUAAACUUUUCUUAGGGCAUGAUGAAUCAGGAGAGCAGAUUUAUCUGUGAACAUGAUAUCUGAAGAUUAUUAGAGACUAUAAUAUCUUUCAUUAUGUAAUAGAAAAACACAGCAAUGAAGCCAUUUUUUUCCCCUCCAUACGUCUUGCUUUGUGCUUUAGCCUAGCCCUGUUUUAGCACUGCUCAAGAGCUUCUUCUUGUAUAUUGAUGUUGUUAAUAUCUACAUUGGCACUACCUGCUGUGACACAAUUUUUAUUAGACCCCCACAGACAGUGUAGUUGUAAAUGUUUUAAAAAAAACAAAGCAAAAAAAAAAAAAAAACAUUUCAAAAUCCAUUUGGAAUAUUGGAGCAAUAGCCGCAAUUUCCCCAUCCAAGCAAAUGUUAAGAAAAUUUCACAAGGUAAGAAGUCUUGCUAAACCUAGAAUUGAAUUUCCAGUGACAAGCAGGUAUUUUUGUUUUGAGUGUGGAAAAACUCCCCGAAAGUUAUCUUAAAAAAACUUAUUUAACACAACUUAGUUUUGAAAUUAUAAAAAUAGUUUUAAUGGAAACAAAAUUCCUCAAUAGCAGUAUGUAAACAUAGAUGUUGCCUGUAGAUGUUGGGUCAUGUAAUAAAAUGAGAAAUAAUAACAUUUUCUAAUUUAAUUUUGUGACAUUAUCUAUUUAUAUGUUAAAUAGGCUUGGUUUGUAAAUGCUCUAAAAUCUGCUUUUUUGUGACAUUUUGAUUUUUUAAAGGUUUAUACACAUCUAGUAUCCAGUGUGUGAUGUCUACUAAUUGAUUUGCCUUUGACCAGCUUUGCAUGAAACUAUCUGAAUUGUAAGAUGGCAUAUAGUGUUUGGGAUACAAUGUGUUAGAGCCACGGCUGGAAAGAAGAAGCGGGUGGAGGAGAGAUAGGGCAGCGGUCAUAUUUAGAAAAAAACAUUUCUCCUUGAAACAUUGUCUUUUUUUAAAUAAAUAAAUGAAUUCACGCUG